CAGCAGCAGCAGCAGCAGCAGCGGCAGCGGUAGCGGCAGCGGCGCAGCAGCGAUACAGCUGGACGCGCAGAAGGCGCUCCACCAGAAGCAGCAGACAAGCCAAUUCAGCAGCGACACUAGCACCAGCAACAGCAGCAACAGCAGCAACAGCAACAACAGCAGCAACUCGUUUCAUCAUGGGCAGCAGCCGCAGCAGCAGCAGCCUCACGGACACCACCAGCAGCAGCAGCAUCACAAGCAGCAGCAGCAGCAGCAGCAGCAGCAGCCUUGCAAUCAGGAGCAGCCCUACACGAGCACCAUUAUCACCAUCCCAAUCAUCAUCAGUAUCAGCAGCAGCAGCAGCAGCAGCAGCAGCAGCAGCAGCAGGGUGCUUGCCUCCGUCUCUGAGGCAGGCGAGCCUGCAGGCGAGGAGUUUGAGGCUGCGGGAGCCGCUGGGCCCCACAGGGUCUGCUCUGUGGCUAAUUGUGUCUCCUUUGAGGCCUCGGAGACAGUUGUUGGAGACUUCUUCUUCUGCUUCCUCUUCAGUUUGCUGCUGCUGCUGCUGCUGCUGCGGGGCCAGAGCGCCUGCUGCUGCGGACGAAAACGCCGGUCCCAGCGACGGCGCCAGGGGGCCCCCGGGGGGCCUCGGGGGGCCCCGGGGGGCCUCGAUGGACGUCGGGGGGCCUCGGGGGUCCCUGCGUAG